UGGUAAGCUCAAUUGGAGCGACUGCUGUAGCCCGGCCCACUAUGCAGAUCCAUAGACUAGGUAUCAUUUCUUAUAUAGCAGCGAGAUACAGAUUCCAGGGUCUCCUUUCUUCGUGGUCGAAAUUGAGGUCGAGCCAAACAAUCCCGCCUGACAACAUGUUUGAUGAUCAAGACCUCGGCUUCUUUGCCAAUUUUCUUGGCGUCUUCAUUUUUGCACUGGUGAUAGCAUACCAUUAUGUGAUGGCUGACCCAAAAUAUGAAGGGAACUGAGGUUUUGUCGUAUUUUGAUGUGUUCACAAUAGAGAUGUUGAACUAUUUUGUAGACUGAGCUGUUUCAUGAGUGGAUAUAACUUGUAGUCAAAGUCUUUGCUUUGCAGCAAUGAAUGCAUGCUUUAAAUCUUCGCGUACAA